GAACGGUCAUCUUUAAACCCCAGAAAGAAUCUUCUUCCGUUUAGCGCCACGACUCACAGUCAGAGAUACACAGUUCCCUGUAUUCAGGGCUGGAUUUUUUUUAGAUAGUUUAUUCAACGGUGAGGUGAAGGACAGGCAGAAUUGGUUCGGCGACACAUUAUGAGUGCUGUAUAAGCAGAAUCGGUUGCUUGUUGGUUCUCUGACAGCAACAAAACACAGACGCGGGGGGGGGGAAAAAAACCCCGAACGAACCAAGUAAACGAAGGCGUUGUUAUUAGCCUGCUAGCUAAGUUAGCUAUCAUUAGCUCCCAAGCUAAAGGUCUGUCUUAACAACGUAUAUUUCUUUAUUUGUUGCUCUAUUGUUCGUUUAAGCACCUCGGACUCGACUGUACGUGACUAUAUCGGGUCCCGUCUUGUGCUUUUUAUCCGGAGAUGAGCGCAAGAUGUCGGUUUCGGGACUGAAGGCCGAGCUGAAGUUUCUCGAGUCCAUUUUCGACACGAACCACGAACGCUUCAGGAUCAUCGACUGGAAGCCUGAUGAGCUAAGCUGCCAGUUUAACGUGACUGGAGAGAAACUGCUUAUUAUUCACUGCAAUAUCACGGAAUCCUAUCCUUCAACGCCUCCAUUAUGGUUUGUGGACUCCGAUGACCCAAGUCUGACCCAAAUAUUGGAACGCCUGGAGGAUGUAAGAAAAGGCAAUACUCUGCUCCUGCAGCAGCUGAAGAGGCUGAUCUGUGACCUGUGUAGGCUGUAUAAUCUACCUCAGCAUCCUGAUGUAGAGAUGCUGGAUCAGCCUCUCCCUACUGGCCCUGUCAACCAAGAAAGAAAGCAUGGUACUACAGAUGAAGUAACUUCAGAGGAGGAAGAGGAAGAAGACAUGGGAGAGGACAUAGAGGAGCUGGAUCACUAUGAGAUGAAAGAGGAGGAGCCAGUAGAUGGGAAGAAGUCUGAGGACGACGGCAUCGAGAAAGAGAACCUGGCUAUCCUUGAAAAGAUCCGCAAGAACCAGAGGCAGGACCACUUGAACGUAAGUGCUCAUUCGGGAGCAGUGUCGGGCUCCGUCCAAGCAUCAGAUCGUCUAAUGAAGGAACUUCGUGAGAUUUACCGAUCUCAGAGUUAUAAAUCAGGUAUCUAUUCAGUGGAGCUUGUUAACGAUAGCCUAUACGAGUGGCACGUCAAGCUAAGAACAGUUGAUCCAGAUAGCCCUCUGCACAGUGACCUUCAAGUGCUGAAAGAGAAGGAAGGCAUGGAUUACAUCCUUCUCAAUUUCUCAUACAAAGACAACUUUCCUUUUGAUCCACCAUUUGUACGAGUAGUUUCUCCUGUGCUAUCAGGAGGUUAUGUCCUUGGAGGAGGGGCCCUGUGCAUGGAGCUACUCACCAAGCAGGGCUGGAGCAGUGCCUAUUCCAUCGAGUCGGUCAUCAUGCAGAUUAACGCCACUUUAGUCAAAGGAAAAGCCAGAGUGCAAUUUGGAGCCAAUAAGAACCAAUACAAUCUUGCCAGAGCACAGCAGUCAUAUAAAUCACUGGUACAGAUCCAUGAAAAGAAUGGCUGGUACACACCACCCAAAGAAGAUGGAUAAGAAAAACGUCUGCUCGUUCCAACAAGGACAGAAUGUAUUGGAGUCAACAGCUGUUCUUUUUAGAUUUUUUUUUUUUUUACCUCCUUUUUUUCCCCCCCAUCUCUCAUCGUCUUGCUAGUUGGAGAUCCACCAUGUCUGGAUUAUAGACUUCUGAACCGAGUGAGCUUGGAGAGUUAACGGGUAAAACGUAUUCCUCGGCCACGUUCUCAAUACUACGCGUCAUUGUCUCCCGCUUGUUCUCCAUUCUUCCUGCUUUCUCUUUGGCUGUUUGGUUGGCAGAGUGGAAUUUAAUCCGGCAGAUUUCUAGAGCGAUGCCCGUGACCUCUCGCUUCAUGGAUGGACGUCCCGCGAUCGGAGCCAUCCUGCAUAAACGCCAAGGUUCCUUCACAACAGGCUUUUGGAUCUCAGCACUUAGCCGAACCUCCCUUAUUUUCUCUUAAGGUUUAAAUGAGAACGUGAUGGAGAAAGGGAGAGACUAGGUUUGGGUGGAGGAUCAACACUUGGUAAUGAAGAAACCCCCCCUUUUUUUUUUUUUUUAAAUGAAAGAGACGGAGUUUAAAACGCCAUCAGUACUCCAUCCUUUCGUUCUCUUUGGAGCUUUUUCCUGGUCGCGCUGAAACUCUGGCCAGGCACUUUGGACUAGUUCACUGUAAAGUCAUCAAAAUGAACGAUUUUUGCGCCUGUAAGUAAACUUCUAAAGAUGUAUCGCAGAGAUUGAACUUUUGCCUUUCAGACGGGGCCGGAUCGCUUGAAAAACAUGCCUGCAUAGCGUGGAACGUCCGUCUGAAGAUUUAUCUCGCAAAUAGAAUAAGGAUAAAUUUACUUAAUGGAUGUCCUCAUGUUGACGAAAGGAUUAUCUUAAACAUGUUUUAUGUACACAUUAUGACUACUGCUGUUUUUGUUUUUUGUUUUUUUUUGGUUCCCCCCCCCAUGAGAAUGGAAAUGUGUGGCUUACGCUGUCAUUAAUUGCAAUUGUGACCAUUCCUCUUUAACCAGUGUGAUUCCUGCUGUGUUUAUGACAUCAUCGUUAUGUAUAACUUUUUUUUUUUUUUUUUCCCCCUGUCAACUCGGGCACAUAGCAAGGUUGAAGUGUUAAGCAGUCAGUGAGGUUACACCAAGUCGAUUAACGAAAGCCACAAAAUGAUCAAAGUUGUUAUUUAUGAUGCCCUGUUCCAAUCCUGUAGGGGAAAAUCUUUAACAUGACCAUUAUUGCCUUAAAAAAAAAACCUUUUAAUGCCGCUGUAGACGUACCGAUUUUACGACCUCGCUCGAAUCUUCAGCUUCCUGAUCAACUUGCUUCAUAACACGUGUUUUCAUCAAGGUGAUGGGUGUCGGGUAAAAUUUUGCCAUCUUGCGUCAAAUGCUCCCCUUUGAGGGACGUUAUUUAAGACUCGCGUCUCUUCUUUCCUUGCUAGACAGCACCAUGUGAUCCAACUGGACGUUUUUGGGUUUGGUUUUUUUUUGGCCGCCUUCCUUAUUGUUGUUUGCACCAUUUAAAUAGCUCAUUGUUACUGUUGAUCGGUGGCUUAUCGAAUUUAAACCAAGGCUGUGGCUCAUUUCAUUUUGUUCUUUAAGGUGGCUUAAGGAGGCAGCACCAGGAAGAGGACACAAUACUGAUGAUCUCUGCGGCAAGGUGAAAUGGCAAAGGUGUAGUGUGUUAUCCCCAAACCUAAAGUCGUUAACCUGUUAUUGGAGGGAAAAUCCACCCUGAAUGACUGACUUUAAAAAAAAAAUAAUAAUAAUAAUAAUAAUGAACAUGUGAUAUGUAUAUAUUUUUUUCCCUCCAAAGGUUUAUUUUCGAAUCACAGUCUGUUUUUUGUUUAAACAGCUUUCUUUCACUUUGAUUAACAGUUUUCUGACCCACAGUGCCGUUCGACUCUGCUGAUAGCGAUGUGGCGGGAUUUGGCCCUCGUUUCGUUUCUCCCUUCAGAGACCAGUGCAGCAGCGCUUUAGUCUUGUAGUCUGUCCAGUUGUCUCGCCUCAGUAUCUGUGCACUCUGCUCAAACAGAUCUUCAGCUUGGAGCGUCAUGAGUCAUGAAUCGAGCCGAGUCUCUGACGUAACUCCUCCGUCGUCGUCAUCUAGUCGCGGUGAAUUCUUGAACUUGGAGUCCAACAUUUGCACCGAAGUCUGUACUGCGUCUCCGCUGGCUUUCUCAUUAAUAUGACUGGAAAACAGUGAGUAAAUAAAUGAGCUCGUUUUGAUUUUCGUAGCUAACCAGACCAUCCUGUUUUUGAGGGUUUUUUUUUUUCCUCGUUUGGAACUCAACUAGCAACGACCUCAGCACGAAGACGACCACGGAAUAGCAGGAAUAACAAAAAACACACCACCAAGCACCGGAAUCUUUAAGCAUUUUAAUAGAAACGUGUUUCAGGGUGGAGUUUUCUUUUACGUCUCGCACGAUUUUUAAUAUCCGGGAGAGCGAUGACCUGUUUACCCGAAGAUCUUUCAUCCCAACGUAUUAAUUUGAAAUGCGAUUCUCUCCCAGCGCUGUAGUGGUUUUAUUCUAAGCACGCAGACUUGGCAUCUCGCACACGUUAGUCAGUUGCGAAGGAUCUUGGGAAAGGCAGAUUUUGUGGCUGUACACAGUGUGGUUUUUAGUUUAACGGUCGACCGUAUCGCCACAGUCUCGCAGGCGUGUUUGCUCCUGUCCGCCGGGUGUGUCGGUGAGAUCGAGAACAGCAGGUGAUGUCAUAAUAAUUAAACCUCACAUAAUAGGACAACUCGAGCUGUUGGAUUUUUGGUGGAGCUGACCUGACCUCACCUACCACCCCCUUCCUAUUUUUAUUUUUUUCUUUUCUCUCGUCUUCCUCCAUACACUUUUAAACCCUAACUCCUGUAACACUCUUGUUUGCUUCAACAUGUUUAACUGUGCUACAGCAGCCUGAGCUACAUCUGUGCACUCCAAAAAAAAAAUAAAAAAUUCACGAGGGAAUCGCACAAUAGUGCGAACAGGGCAUUUUGUUACAGCGACAUGUUAUUUCGCCGUCAUGGCCGAGCGUAACCCAUGUCUCAUUAAGAAUUAUAUGGAGAAAGGUAUACAAAUGUCCAGAGUGAUUUUGAUUUACCUUUGUUUAAGUGUAAGUCGUGUAGUGAUUUUUGAAUCUUCACUGAAACACUCUGCGCAGUUCUGGUUGGUUUCUGUCGGGGAAUUGAGGGGGUUAUGCACUGUUAGCAUGCAUUGGUUUUAUUUUGCUUUUCAUUUUCCAUCGUGUAAUUUUGACCUUGUACAUACAAUUUGUAAACUUGCAUCAAGUUUAUGAAUAAAGAAUUUUAAGAA